AUGCCUAUUCCAUAUCAAGUCGCCUUCAAGCCAUUGACGGGACCAGAAAUUGGGGUCAAUGGCUAUGUUGAACCUACUCCAGGCAAGUCAGAAAUCCUGAAGAAGGGGGCUGCGCCUUUCAAUGCGCGGAAACUUGAUUCUGAUAUCCGCCUUGAUCACGAUAUUGAGAUCAAAGUACGAGAUGGCUGCCGACUUUACGCAGACAUUUAUCGCCCGACAGGCGAUGAGAAGGUCCCUGUGAUAAUUUCCUGGUCACCUUACGGCAAGAAGUACUCUGCUCUUGACAUGAUAUUCAACGUGUGUGUUUGGUCUUGCUGUCUCACACAUGAAGAUGUCAGCGGCCUUGAGAAGUUUGAGGGACUUGAUCCUGCUUGGUGGGUGGCGCAGGGCUACGCCAUUGCCAGCAUCGACUGUCGUGGUGCUGGUAAUAGUGAUGGCGACACUCCCUGCAUGGGGUCUCAAGAGGCCGAGGAUGCGCACGACGUCAUAGAGCAUCUUGCCAAACUGGACUGGUGCAACGGAAAUGUUGGAAUGGCUGGCAAUUCCUACCUUGCUAUCAUGCAAUGGCAUGCAGCUGCCCAGCAACCUCCGUCCUUGAAAGCCAUCGCGCCAUGGGAAGGCUCAGGCGAUAUUUUCAGAGAACAAUUUUGCCGUGGAGGUUGGUUCAACAUGAGCAACUAUGACCUUAUCACAUCACUUGUGAUAAAGGGCCAACAUGGUGUUGAGGACUUCUCCGAAAUGUACCGUCGUCAUCCUCAAGCUAGUAUUUACUGGAAUGACAAACGUGUCGACAUGAGCAAGAUUGAGAUACCCUGCUUCAUUACAGGCUCCGAUUAUAGCCAAAUUCACACCAUGGGCGCGAUCCGAGGAUGGUUAGAGACCAAAUCGGAGAAGAAAUGGAUCAAAUGGAGCGGAUACCAAGAAUGGUACGAGUUGUAUGCGGUGCCAGAGAGCUAUAAAGAACUCAAGGAAUUCUUUGACCGAUAUCUCAAGGGUAUCGAUAACAACUGGGAAGCAACCCCUAAGGUUCGCUGGGCAACUCUUCCGUUCGGAGACAGCCCCGUGAAGCAUGAUAUUGUGCUUCCCGACUUCCCUGUGCCCAAUACCGAUUAUCGAACACUCUACCUUGGACCGGAAUCAACCUUAUUGAAAACUAUACCAGAACUUGAAGGUACAUGCACACAUAACUCGGAGGAUCGAUGGUCAAUAUCCAAGUUCAAAUAUACCUUUGAUAAGGCAUCUCGACUUAUUGGACUCCCUAAAGCAGAGUUAUUCAUGAGCUGUAAUGCAUUGGAUGACAUGGUUGUGUUCGUCCAACUACGGAAGCUUGACAAAGUAGGAAAAGAGUUGAGCCAGCUUCAAUUCCCAUUAAGCCGAGCCCCUGUCAACUCCAUUUCCGAAAUGUCGGAGAACGAACGUUCGAGCCUGACUUUGCACAACGGCUCGAUAGGAAUAUUACGUGCUUCCCAGCGGAAGAUUGGUUCGACUCUGUCCAUGCACCCGCAAUUUCCAUUCCAUCCUCAUGACGAGGUACAAAAAGUUCCCAAUGGUCAAGUUGUAAAGCUGGAGAUCGGCAUAUGGGCAAUGGGCGUUGAUUAUGAAGAGGGGGAAAGCAUUCAAGUUGAUAUUUUGGGGCAGUUUCCUGGCUACACCACUCAGACGGACGCAUUCUCUAAGCCAAGGCCAGAAUAUGAGAAGAAUAAGGGUCAGCAUGUUGUUCACUUUGGCGGAAAGUAUCCCAGUAAGGUGAUUCUACCUUUCGUACCGAUCUCGAGUUAG